AUGUACUGGCGGAAACGCUUUGCGUGCUUUGCGUCAAUGUCGCCAUAUCAUCCACUGGCGCAUACUGAAAGACCGAGUCGCGAAAUAUAUCCAGCGGCCAUGUCGCCUGUCGCGCAUGAGAUCGAGGAAGACGACCCUCAGCAGGGAACCACAAAAACAGGCAAAGCUUGCGAGCCCUGUCGGCGCCGUAAGGUCAAAUGUGAUGGGGUACAACCAUGUUCGCAGAUCGGCUGCCAAAAGAAUCCCUCCCAAUGCACCUACAGAGAUAGAACCCGGAUCAGACGGUCGAGGGCGCGGAGGCAGACCGAGUCGAACCUGGCGACAGCAGCAACUGCGGACCUCGGUGCCAGGGCGUCGGAAAGAUAUCCGGCACCAUCUUCUCGGCCAGAAGAAACAGCUCGUCAGCUGUCUGACGAGCGAUAUCAAGACCAUGAUCACACUAGGCUUACAGAAGACGGCCAAGCAUCUGGCGACCACGAUCUUUAUCCUUAUGCCAGCAUUGUCGCGACUCAUGAGGCGCCCCAGUCUACUGAUAGCUCUCAGCUGUUCUAUGGGCCAUCCUCCAAUUUCGCCUUCUUGCAACAGCUUCACAGGGGAAUCUUGUUUAAGACUGCGCGUAGUCUCCGCCGGGGCGGCGACGUCGAGGAAGGAGGUCCGGGGCUCGACUUGUUCAUGCAACGGUCGAUAUUCUUUGGAGCACCUCAACGCGUGAAACCAAAUGCCUCUUUGCCCUCGUUCUCCGACCUGACGCGGCAUAUUCCAUUGGAUCAAUUGGACCAUUUUUUGGACACCUUCAAGACUUCUCAUCUCCAUAUCUACCCUUUCUUGACAAGUGCCGAGAUCAACGGGAUUUCUCGGCAAUUACAUGCCAUUGAUCCUAAGCCCGACUUCCCACCCCAGAAAACAGCGAUUGCCUUGGCGGUUCUGGCACUAGGUGCUCUCAGCUCACCGCACACGGAACAGGCCGAGUAUCUUUACGCGCUGGCCAAGCGUGAGGCCGUCUUCUUUGACGAAGCUGUCACUCUUUCCAUGAUACAGUUCUCGGUCCUGCUCUCCGGAUAUCAGAUCAAUAUGGCUCGGCCAAAUUCGGCCUACAUCCACCUCGGAACAGCAUGCCGAAACGCUUUUUCCAUGGGUCUGCAUCGACACAUCACUGCACCGUCAAUGAAGGCUGAGAGCGUUCAGGAGCGCAUAGCCACCAUUUGGUGUCUGUAUUUUCAUGAAACUCUAUUACCACGCGAUCUUGCACACGUUUCGGCCGUUUCUUGUCGCCAGCGCCGCAAUGAGUGCCAUCUGUGGUCCCCGUCAAAGCAUCCUCACCACCUCGAGUAUGUACAGAGCGCCCUCGAUUGUCUCGGCCUCAUGGUUCAAGAUGCACCUGCGACGCUGGCGCAGGACUCCCUUCAGCAGAUAUUAAAAGCUGUUGAGAAGGCCAUUGCGCACCAGAACAGCCCGGCUGCCUCAACGCCGGGGAUGGCAGGAAAUCUGACUUCCCAAUUCCCUUGUUUGCCGCAUACUCACGACGCCAAUUCCACCGACCAACACAUCCACUUGACUGAUCUCUGGGAUCAAAGCCACGCCACUGGCGGCAAUCCGACGCUAUCCGGGGAACAGAACAUGCACGAAUUCGAUUUUGAUGUCAUGACCACAGAUCUUCUCCAUUUCUUCGGCCCAAGCAGUGAGGGCAACCCAACAGGCAACCCAAGCUAA